GUGUGUGCCAGUGAUUGACAGCUCAACUACGCCGCAUGCAGGAGGAGAUCAGUGAUCAUGGCGGAUGAAGUGAGCAAAGCGCAGAGCGCGCAGCCGGGCGGAGACACGAUAUUCGGCAAAAUCAUCCGCAAAGAGAUUCCUGCCAAUAUCUUUUAUGAAGAUGAUCAGUGCAUUGCCUUCCAUGAUGUAGCUCCUCAAGCUCCCACUCACUUCCUGGUGGUCCCCAGAAAACCCCUCACUCAGAUCUCCAAAGUAGAGGAUGCUGAUAAAGAGCUGCUUGGACAUCUGAUGGUGGUUGCUAAGAAGUGUGCAGAGCAGGUGGGGUUACCCAGAGGAUACCGGCUGGUGGUGAAUGAAGGUCCUGAUGGGGGUCAGUCUGUUUACCACAUUCACAUACAUGUUCUGGGUGGCCGUCAGCUGGGUUGGCCUCCUGGUUAACUAUCUUGUCUCAGAAGAUCACUGUAUCACUAGUCUUCAUUGUGCAUCAUAACUGAGGUUAAUUGUUACAUGUGGAUAGUCAAAGGGAAAAACAACUGCAAAUAAUUACUGUCAAAGUUCAUUAAUAAACAACAUGAUAAAAAGA